GCCGCUCUUCUGGAGGGAGCACCAUGCUGCGACGGAAGCCAUCCAACGCCGGCGAGAAGGACCCAGUGCAAAAGAGGAAGCUGUCGCUGCAGCGAUCCAGCAGCUUUAAGGAUUUCGCCAAGUCCAAACCCAGCUCCCCCAUGGCAGUUGAAAAGCAGUUCAGCCUGGAGGAGGAGGAGCAGCUCCCUGAGGACAACCCGGAAAGCUCACAGCACAGCCCAGGCGACUCAGCUCGAAGCAGCAGUCUGAAGCUGGGCAAGAGAUGGAGAGCUGCCAUCUCCCGUACCAUGAACAGGAAGACAGGAAAAGCAGCAGCCAAAGCACUGGCUGAGCAGGGGGAGGCCGGAGACGAGGCUGCUGCAUCACCCCUCCAGAGCCCUGUUGACGAUGAGCCCCCCGUCUUUUCCGAAGCCACCGAGGCGGCUGGCAGCCUUCAGUCCCCAGAUGGAAGUGAACUCCCCAGUUCCAGACUGGAGGGGUGCAGCCCAAGCAGCGAGAAGGGAGGAGCGGCCAGCACCCCUCCGUACAACGGCCCCUUUUGUGGAAGGGCGAGGGUCCACACGGACUUUAUCCCCAGCCCAUACGACAAGGACUCUCUGAAACUUCAGAAGGGGGAUAUCAUACACAUCAUUGCGAAACCCCCUGUGGGCACCUGGACAGGUCUUUUGAACAGCAAAGUCGGGUCCUUCAAGUUUAUCUACGUGAACGUCCUCCCAGAGGAGCGCCAUUCCAUGCCGGCGCCGAAGAGCUGUUCACGAAGCAGGAGCAAAAGGCCCAAGCCCAAGACGCUGCAUGAACUGCUGGAGCGCAUGAAUCUUGAGGAGCAUACUUCCACAUUAUUACUGAAUGGCUACCAGACCUUGGAGGACUUCAAGGAGCUGCAGGAGACCCACCUGAAUGAACUGAAUAUCACCGACCCGGAGCAUCGUGCGAAGCUGCUCACAGCGGCAGACCUACUCCUAGAUUAUGACACAAGCAGCGAGGCUGAAGAUGAAGGAGGGAGCUUGGAGGCUCCGCUGGCCCCCGAAGAGCCAAAGGGGGACAUUCCUCGGGAUUCUGGAUGUUUUGAAGGGACAGAGACGCUGGACAGUGGGCGGGAGGACUCUUAAGCUGGAAGAAGGGUGCCUGUCUCUCUCUGGCUGGUUCAUGCUGAGAUACAGACCCCGCCUGGGGGCUGGUUGGUUGGCCAAUGCAAGCAGUUGUUCCAGGCACACUGAUCUCGAAGCCAGAAGUUACAGCUGCCCUGCAUAAGCUUCCUCUUUGGACAGAGAAACGGCACCACUGGUCUUACCACUCCUGGGUAAAUAGGUAGCUCUCGGGGCUCAGAACCCGCAGCAAUCUUCGGGCUAGAGAUUGCAGGAAAUGGAAUUUGUAUUUAGGCAAAUCCAUCUGUUCGCUUUCGUGCAUGCAGUGGGCAGAAGCUGCCUGCCUCAGCUGUCCCCAUAUGCCCAACCUGUAUUGGGUCAAAUGAGUCCCUUCACAGCAGGGGCAACCCAAAAGGGUUGCUACUAUAGCUAACAGGUAGAAAACUGGAAAGAGGACAGUCUGUGGCUGCCACUACCAAAAAUGACCUGAAAGCAGGGAAAAGAAGGUGGACGCAUGGCUUCUUUUCUCUUUGAAUACACCCUUAAGUAGGAAUGGCUAGCGCUUAGGAGACCACCCUGGUCAGCAAGAAGGUGAAAUUGCCAGGCCACCCAAGUUGCCUAACAGUGACGCGCCGCACAGGGCGCAGUGGCCUGGGGAGGCGGUGCUGUGCCUUGCAGAAGGACUCAAGGUCUUCAGCAUCAGGUUCAGCUUCCAGGGCAGGGCUCCCAAUAAAGCUCAUCUACCCUCAAA